UGUAACACAACCUUGCGUGGCUCAACAGGUGGUUGAGUAUAUUGAUAUGUGUUGUCAUUGUCACUUUUCUUAGAAGCAUGUCUGCUUUCCUUUCACAUAUUUAUUUUGUGAAUUUUUCCAGUUUUUAUGGGUGGAAAGGGUAGUUGCCCUGUAGUUAUUCAAAUUGCAGUGUGCUGCAUUUGCACUUGAUUUUACUGUAUUAUGUCAACUUAAAACCACUAAGAAAAAAGUUAUAUUUUUUGCUGUUAGGGACUCCAACACCCCAAAAAUAGGUAAUCAAUGUUGGAUAGAUGGCAAUUUUUAUUUUUGAACUAAUAUCUGUUCAUCAAUUCCGUUCUACAUUGCCUGGCCUAAGAAUAAGUCUAAAGGGCAGAAUCAGAAUGAUAUUGUGAAUUGACCAUGUGGCAGAAAAUGUUAAAAAAAUUGCAUUUGGUUGACUUGGUUUCUCAUCAGUAAACCCUCUUAAGCAAUGAGGCUGGAUGCAGAUUGCAGUUAGACUGUGACUUUUUAGAUGUUUUUGUGAAGGCUGAAGUCUUGCAUCUAUACCUAUCCAUUCACUUACCUGCUUUCACCAUUUAUGACUGUGUUGCAGAGUCCACCACAUACAAAUACAAAUGCAUGAGCAAUAAGCAUAUCACAUCUCAUGGUCAUGUGAUAGCUGCUUGUGGCAGAAGCAAGUCACUAGAAUGGGAGAGUGCCACAGAAUGCGGCACUUGCCCCACAACUGCUUCGCCAUGAGGAAGACGUGCCUCCAACUGCUUCAGGGAUGCAGCCAACAGCAGCUUCUCUUCUGGAGAAACUACCUCACUGCUGACAGCCAACAGCAGAAAUCACAGCAGCCUGAACUUCCACAGACCGUUCUAUCCUUUCUGCUGCUCCUUUCCAUUACUACAGUGCUCAUUCUCGUCACCUGGCCAUGCUUGCGUCAAUCCCUGGGCACCAAUCCCUGCCUCGUACCAAACAACUUCGCCCUCAUGGAGACCACCCGGCCCAUCUCCAGCUGCGACAUCUGUUCAGCAGAGCUGCCCGUCCGCCUGCACCGUCCCGACCGCGCCGGGUUUGCCGCACACGCCUACCGCGGCCGGCCCGUGUUGGUAAGCGGCGCAACCGAGACAUGGCCGGCGCGGCGGCGCGUCAACCUCUCCUUCUUACGUCGCCUGUACGCGCGAGUCGGCGCAAACGCUUCCUCUGUAUCGGAGGACGGGUGCCAGUUCCUGGCGUUCCGCUCGCCGCUGGAGUCGCUGGAAGAGGUGCUGGAGGGCAGGGUGGAGGCCGCAGCGGAUGGUCCGCCCUGGUAUAUCGGCUGGAGUAACUGCGACCCGCGCGUGGCCGCCAUGCUGCGCGGUCUGUACAGCUGGCCCGAGCUCCUGCCAGAGGAGGGAGAGGGCUCAGCGGUGGACUGGAUCUUCAUGGGCACGCCCGGACAGGGCACGGCAGUGCACAUUGACAACGUGCACCGUCCGUCGUGGCAGGCACAGAUCGCUGGGUCCAAACGCUGGCGUCUCUUUCCACCUCCCGAGUGUGAGAAAGUCUGCCGGCCGAUCACCGUGGACGUCCACCCGGGCGAUAUAUUUCUGCUUGAUACCAACCAGUGGUAUCACGGCACCGAGGUCAUCGGUAGAGAAAUGUCCAUCACCAUUGGUUCAGAGUACGACUGAGCCGACAAAUGUGAGACAUUUAGUCGUUGCAGAUGUGGAGAAGAAUUGUGGCAUCAUUGGUGGCAAGUGUCUUUCGGUGGAGCCUUUUUCACCGCUCGUCGCUGCUGUCUCACUGUGUGUUGUGAAAUUUGUACCACUAUUGAUGCUGUAGAGCAUACGCCCUGCGUUGUUCGAAGCUUUUGAGCCUGUGCGAUCCUUUUUUGUACCGCCGUUCCUGCUCUAAAUAUCUCGCAUAUGCCUAUAUUAUUCAUUGCACAAUGCACAUGAAAGGAAAGUAUCUCAAGAGUAUCAGUAUUGAUUGCGCGCUAAGCGGCUUCAAGCGCUAUACUAGGCUAGAUGUUAUAUUUUACCAACUGCGUUUCCGAACGUUGUGACGCUUGUUAUACAAUAUUGCUAUGCAACAACUACAAUAAGAUUCAGAAAGGUGAUCUGAUGCACCAAUCUCAUAACCCCCAAAAGGGGCCAAAGGACCAAGUGCUAAGUCCUAUUUAUCUGUAGCAGCCUGGUCCGUUUUAACACUGCUCUAGUCCCUCGAGUCAUUUUAUGCAAUGUGAUAAAUUCGUUUAGAAGAAUGCUGGAUGAAAUGCGCGAAAUGUACUGCAUUGCCGGCAAUAUGCCUAUUGUUUGUUGUGGUUCUCAUUGGGAAACUGAGGGUAGCUAGGCCGUUUGGUUCCAAGGCAUACAUUGUCAGAACAUAUUGCAUUAUGACUAGCCAUUAUGCCUGUCAUCAAAUACGCCGGCGUGACCGUUAUAUCGUCUUCCAUUGUACCCAACAUCGGACAAAGAACGGCAUGUGAAAUGGUCAUUAGCAGGUUACUUUCAUCUAGCAUUUUAGCUUAACUUCGCGGUAGCUUGCUGUAGUUUUUAUGACAUGUAGUGCAUAUUUUCAAUGUUGCACUGAUGACUGCUAUGAACGUAUGUUAUUUGCGCGCUAUAGAAAAGUCAAGAUACGAGUCCUAAUAUCGCUGCCGUGUUAUUAUGCUAAUGUUUCUCGCAUGUUUAGGGCGGCUUUGAGGCGCGAAUUACGCUUGCAACGCCAACGAAGCCUCUGUUAAAGCGUUUACUAGCACAGCAAUGUUUGCUGCCGCCUGCAUUAUUUAAGCACUUCCGUAUUAUUUUUCUAGUCACAAGUUGCACGACCUUGUGUAUGAACCCACCGUCCAAUGACAUCUGUAUUGUCUAGUCUUCCGCUGCAAAGCACAAGUCGUUUGCUGAGCUUCCUGGCGUCAAUUUCUGUGACGUUCUGUGAUUGUGUUACCGUCACAUUUGUAACUGUUGGGGUGACUGUUUGGCUUGAUAAAGCGCAGAAAUAAAACUCAUGUAUGUCAAAUGUUA